AAUUUUUCAAAAAUGCGAAUUGAAUUAAAUACUAUAAAUAAAGAUGGAGCUAAUUUGAAUUAUAAAUGGUCGAUUGGAAUCUAUAAAACGUUAUUUUAUAAUACUGAGUUGCUAAUAGAACCUAAAACGUUCAAAGACGGUUUGAUAUCGUUUGAUCCAAAAUACGGAACAACCGAACAACUAGAAUUCAAUUUUUUACCAAUAUACAUAGCUCAUCCUAAUCCACCAGCACAAGCUUUUUGGGUGUAUAAUAGCAAUAAUUACAACGUAACAUAUUCAAUAAUUGAUGAUUCAUUAACACCCGCGCAUCCAUACUUCCGUUGUCUAAACCCAAGUGGAGUAUUCAACUCUAAAUCAGUACAUCCAAUACUAAUUGUAUUUUCACCCUACAGACUAUGUGCAUUUGAGGCUACAAUUAUGUUACUAACAAACAGAUAUUACAAACGCCAAAUAACCCUUUUAGGACAAGGAGAAUCUUAUACCAGAACCACUAUUUCACCAGGGCAUGGUUUGUCAUCCUUUUUACCAAUCCAAAAUGAUCGACAAAUAUUUUUAUCAACAGAAAAUAUAAUACUUACACCAAUAUUUACAUUAUCAAAUAUUAAAUCAUUGUUUUGCCUUUAUAAUAACAGCGAUGAAGAAAUUAUUUACGAGUGGAAAAAGUGUACGGUCAACGACAUUUUAACAGCUAUUAUAUGUCCACUUAAAGGAAAUUUAAAAAAACACGGAAGUCAAGUAUUUGAAAUAUCAAUUACCAGUUUUAAUCAACCAGCCAUCUUAACAAUAAUGUUGAAUAUUAGCUAUAAGUUAGUUUCUCAAAUUGAAAAUUAUGAACGGUCGUUAAGAAACUAUAAUAUAAAUAAAGAAAGACUUGAAGGGUAUUUUAAAAUCGACGAACGCGGCAAUUAUAAAUCAAAAUUAAACAUGAAAAUAGAAAAACAGCCACAAGAAAAACAUUUAGUCCUAUAUGUUCAUGUUAGAAUAAUCGAUGAAUUUAGUAAAUGGAUUAAUGAAGCAAAAUAUAACAUAAAAAGGCACAAUUUUCAGCAAGAGAAAAGAAUUAUAAAACAAAAAUUGGUCUGUUCGGAUAACUUUAAAAACAUACUAUGGGAUGUGGUAGAUAAAGUUUGUUCAAAAGAAAUUGAAAGUAAGCCAUUAUAUUACCAUCAAUUGAAAAAUUCAAAACAAAACCAUCUAAACAAUAUAUCAAAAACAACUAAAAAUAACCUGGAAACUAUUUUGACAUCACUUAUUAGAGACAGUUUGAUUAGCAUAUACCCAUUAAAUACAUGGAAAUACUAAUAAUGAUAAUAUUAUACCUAUACAUGCAACUAUAUUAUUGCUGACUAAUACUUUCAAAUUUCAAUAUAAUAGAUUUAUUAAUUUUCAAUAAAACUAAAUGUUAA